AUGUAUCUUCUUAAUGGAAAUACAGUGUCAAAUGAAAAGUAUGUAGACCAUGGUGACCCAACAUUCAAGUGUUCUUACUGUGGUGCAAUGAUGUGGUAUGAUGAGCGAAUAAACAAACGCAGAAGGUCAAAAAAGCCGAAAUUUUCAUUAUGUUGCUUACAAGGAACCGUUAAACUACCACUUCUGAAAGAAGCACUUGAACUUAUUAGGGAAUUGCUUAGUAAGGAUGAUGCGCUUAGCAGGCAUUUUCGUGAGAAUAUCAGGGCUUAUAAUAUGUUAUUUGCAUUUACUUCUCUUGGUGGUCAAGUAGAUCGUUCAGUUGAAAAGGGUAAAGGUCCUAAGAAAUUUCAAUUACAUGGCCAGAAUUUUCACAAAAUUGGUAGUUUGAAACCCGAAGAUGGUGACUAUGCUAAAUUUUCCCAGCUCUAUAUCGUUGUCACAGAUAAUGAGAUUGAAAACAGAUCAUCUGUAAUGAGCAAGGGAAAGCAGUCCGGAAGUCUGAAAGGUAGACAAAGUAUACGAAAAGAACUAAUUGCAAAACUUAUUCGUCUGUUGGAUAAAGUUAAUCCGUAUGUUGAGUCAUUUAGGCAACCUAAAGAUAAGUUUGCUGCUGAUGAGAAUGCGAAGUUUCACAUGCGGAUUGUAAGUGAUCGUGUAGGUAAAGAUGGAAGAAUCUAUUCUAUGCCAACAUCAUCAGAAGUAACUGCAUUGAUCCCAAGUGAUUUUCACCCUGAGAUGCCCGGACGUGAUAUUAUUGUACAAGAAAAAAGCUCUGGCAGAUUACAAAGAAUAAGUGAAGUUCAUGUUGCUUACUUGGCACUACAGUAUCCUCUUAUUUUUCCAUAUGGUGAAGAUGGUUUCAGAGUUGGAAUUGAGAAGUGUUUAAACGGUAAUCAGAAAGAUAAAGAAAAAAAGUUUAUUUCAAUGCGGCAGUGGUUUGCUUUCAGAAUCCAAGAAAGAGAAAACGAGGCUCAGACUCUACUUCGGUCUAAGCGCCUUUUCCAACAAUUUUUGGUUGAUGCAUACACGACUUUAGAAACAAACAGGUUGUCGUAUAUCAAAUAUAAUCAGUCUACUAUCCGUUGUGAUAACUAUGCAUCAAUUCAAGCUGCAACAGAGGCCAGAACAAAUAGCAUGGAAGAGCAAGGAAAGGAAGUUCGAAUACCAGCCUCUUUCACUGGUGGACCUCGGUAUAUGUUGCAUAGUUAUUAUGAUGCAAUGGCUACAUGUAAACAGUAUAGCUUUCCUGACUUAUUCAUUACAUUUACAUGUAACCCUAAGUGGCCAGAAGUAACAAGGUAUUUGAAAAAGCGGAAGCUUAAUUCUGAUGAUAGACAAAACAUUAUGUGUCAUAUCUUCAAUAUUAAACUUGAUUCUUUGAUGAAAGAUUUAACGGAAGACUAUCUCUUAGGGAAGACUAUAGCUGCUAUGUACACGGUUGAAUUCCAGAAGCGGGGACUUCCUCAUGCUCAUAUUUUGUUAUUCAUGGAUCCUAGUUGUAAAUUGCCAACAGCUGAUGAUAUUAACAAAAUAAUCUCAGCUGAGAUACCAGAUAAGGAUGAAGAUCCUGAACUAUACAUCAUUGUUAAGGAUUGUAUGAUUCAUGGACCUUGUGGUGCGGCUAAUAUAAAUUCUCUGUGUAUGGUGGAUGGAAAGUGUUCUAAGUUUUACCCAAAAGAGAAUGUUGACGAAACUUUAGAAAUACAUGUAAGAGAUAGAUUGGUUAAGAUCUGA